AUGCGGGACAUGCGGCGUGCCAUCGUGGCGGCGGCGCUGGCGUGCGUCCUCGUCGCCGCCGCCGUGUCUGCGGCGCCGGCGGGGCAGCGGGGGGCGGUGCAGGCGGGGCCCGCCAACGCCACCGUGAACUACCAGCGGGCCGCUUCCGCCAACCUCUCGCGUGGGGUCGGCGGCGGCCACGCCAAGGCGACCGAGCCCUCCCUCAUGAGCGCCAAGUUCACGACGGGCCUCAUUGUGUUCGCCUCCGCCUUGGGCUUCUGCUUCGCCAUGUACUGGUGGUACGUAGUCUCUGAGAUCAGCAUCACGCCCGGGAAGGGGCAGAGCAUCCGCAACUCCCUCCUGACGGAGGAGGUGAUGCGCAACGUGUACGUGAUCAACAGGCGCGUGUCGGAGGGCGCCACCGCGUUUCUCCUCGCGGAGUACCGCUACAUGGGGCUCUUCCUGAUGGCCUUCGGCGCCCUCAUCUUCUUCCUCCUCGGCGUCGCGCUGUCGUCGCCGCAGGACGGCGGGAAGCCGGCGGCGACGCCGUGGGCGAACGCGGCGCUGUCGCUGUUUGCCUUCCUUACCGGCGCCCUGACCUCCGUCUUUGCGGGGUGGAUCGGCAUGCGCAUUGCGGUGUACACCAACGCCCGCACCGCCGUCAUGGCGACGGAGGGGUGCGACGACGGCGACCAGUCGGCCGGGUACGCCCUGGCGUUCCGGACGGCCUUCCGCGGCGGCAUCACGAUGGGGUUUGCGCUGACCUCCGCCGGCCUUUUCUCCCUCUUCGCCACGGUGAAGGUGGUGGAGGCGUACUUUGGCGACUCCGCGGAGAACGUGCGGGAGCUGUACGAGUGCGUGGCCGCCUUUGGUCUCGGCGGGUCGGCCGUGGCGUGCUUCGGCCGUGUCGGCGGCGGGAUCUACACCAAGGCCGCCGACGUCGGCGCGGACCUCGUGGGGAAGGUGGAGAAGAACAUCCCCGAGGACGACGCGCGCAACCCCGGCGUGAUCGCCGACUGCAUCGGGGACAACGUGGGCGACAUUGCGGGGAUGGGCUCGGACCUCUUCGGGAGCUUCGGCGAGGCCUCGUGCGCGGCGCUCGUCAUUGCCGCCGGCUCGCUGGAGCUGUCGGGCGAGUUCACGUACAUGAUGUACCCGCUCCUCAUCACGGCGGUGGGCCUGCUCGUCUGCAUGUGCAGCGCCCUGAUUGCGGCCAGCAGCGGCGGGGUGCAGCGGGCGGAGGACAUUGAGCCGACGCUGAAGCGCCAGCUGCUCAUCUCCACCGUGGCCGCCACCGUGGUGCUCACGUUCCUGACGGACUUUGCGCUGCCGGCGGAGUUUACGAUUGUCGCAACGCACACGACGAAGUGGCGCGCGCUCGUCUGCGUGCUGUGCGGGCUGUGGUCCGGCCUCAUCAUCGGGUACACGACGGAGUACUACACCUCCAACGCCUGCCACCCCGUGCAGGAGCUCGCCGAGGCAUGCGAGACGGGCGCCGCCACGAACAUCAUCUACGGCCUGUCCCUCGGCUACUUCUCUGUGGUGCCGCCCAUCAUUGCCAUGUCCGUGACGAUCUACACCUCCUACCACAUGGCAGACUUGUACGGCUUCGCCCUCGCCGCCCUGGGCAUUCUCUCCACCAUGUCCAUUGCCCUUACCAUCGACGCGUACGGGCCCAUCUCCGACAACGCCGGCGGCAUUGCGGAGAUGGCGCACAUGGGCCACGAGAUCCGCGAGAUCACCGACGCGCUCGACGCCGCGGGCAACACCACCGCCGCCAUUGGGAAGGGCUUCGCCAUUGCGUCCGCCGCGUUUGUGGCGCUUGCCCUCUACGCCGCCUUUGUGUCCCGUGUGGGCAUUCCCGUCAUCAACAUCCUUGACGCACGCGUGAUGACCGGCCUGCUGCUUGGCGCGAUGCUGCCGUACUUCUUCUCUGCGUUCACGAUGAAGUCGGUGGGCGUGGCGGCGAUGGACAUGGUGAACGAGAUCCGCCGGCAGUUCCAGAACCCGGCGGUGGCGGAGGGCGUGGAGGAGCCGGACUACGAGAGCUGCGUCGCCAUUGCCACGCAGGCGGCGCUGCACCAGAUGGUGGCCCCUGCCUGCCUCGUCAUGCUGACGCCCAUCGUGAUCGGUGUGCUGUUUGGUCCCUACACCCUCGCGGGGCUGCUUCCCGGCGCCACCGUCUCCGGCGUGCAGGUGGCCAUCUCCGCCUCCACCACCGGCGGGGCGUGGGACAACGCGAAGAAGUACAUCGAGAAGGGCGGGCUGCGCGACAAGAACAAGGGGAAGGGCUCGCCGCAGCACGCGGCCGCCGUCAUUGGCGACACCGUUGGCGACCCGCUGAAGGACACCUCCGGGCCCGCGCUGAACAUUUUGAUCAAACUGAUGGCCAUCAUCUCCGUCGUCUUUGCGCCCGUCUUCGAGUCGCAGCUCGGCGGCAUUUUGAUGCGGUUCAUUGGCUGA